CUCUGCGAGAGUUCUGAGAUUAGUAUGUUUUGCUCACAGUGACGUGGAUUUCUCUCCGGGAAUGCUGAAUCUUCUGGGCACCGUGAAGAACUACCACUGGGGCAAGCGGGCGCCCCAGUCCCUGGUCUAUCAGCUGGCGGAGCUGAACUGUCCGCCAGACAAGGAGCUGGACGAGAAAGAUGCCUACGCUGAGCUCUGGAUGGGGAAUCACGUCAUGGAUCCCUCACUGGUCAAGGAUACUCUGCAGCCGCUGGGAGAGUAUCUCUCACAGCAGCCCACGGAGGUCGUUGGCGACACAAGAGACUUGCCAUUCCUGCUGAAAGUGCUGAGCAUCGAGACAGCGCUGAGUAUUCAAGUGCAUCCCAACAAGAAGGAAGCCGAGGAGCUCCACAAAAUCUUCCCGGACGUCUACAAGGAUGACAAUCACAAGCCCGAGAUGUCAAUAGCGCUGACUCCCUUCCUGGCGCUCUGUGGAUUUCGUCCUGUUGCGGAAAUUGUGGGUUUUCUGAAGAAAUUCCCAGCAGUCGCUGACCUUCUCGGGCGGGAAAACGUCCAGAAGCUGGAAGCUGAUGUUGGGAAGAUGGAUCAUUCUGAAGGCCUGAAGGCCUGUUUCACGAGAUUAAUGCAAUCAUCACUAGAAGAAAUCGAAACCACGCUGCAAAAGACUAAGAGCCAACUUGAAGCUGUCCUGGACAGAGAUGAUCUCCUCUUGAAGACAUUCCUCACCCUCUUGCGCGACUUCCCAGGCGACGUGGGUGUUCUCACAGUCUUCCUCCUGCACAUUGUCCAGCUGAAGCCUGGCGAGGCGAUGUUCAUCUCAGCGAAUGAGCCUCACGCUUACAUUUCCGGGGAUUGCAUCGAAUGCAUGGCUUGCUCGGACAAUGUGAUCCGUGCAGGACUCACGCCCAAGCCCAAGGACAUUCCCACGCUCAUCAGGAUGCUGAAAUAUCAGCCACAAUCGCUGGCCGCCAAGAUCUUCCCAUCCCAGAAACUCAACGGAGACGAAUUUGUGGACGUUUUCUCGCCUCCGGUGCCUGAUUUCGCUGUCAUCAGGUACAGAAUCCCUUCGGGUGUGACGAGUCACAGUGUGAAGCUGCCCCAGAGGGGAUCUGUGAUGCUGGUGUUGUCUGGCGAAGCCAAAUUGCAGAGCUCCAAAGGUUCGGGACUCGCCGUGAAGCGAGGAUCUGUGGUUUUCCUGCCGGGAAAUGCGGGAGAGACGCUCAAUAUCAACCUGGAGGCUUCUGGAGUGCCAUUUGAGGCUUAUCAAGCAAUGUAUAACGAUUUUUGAUGGUGUAAAUAAAAAUAUUGUGAUGGUA